GCGGCCCUGGCCACGCACAACCGGCUCGACGCUCCUCGCCCGCUCGCGCAGCGGAGCAUAGCUCCACACGGUCGCUCUGGGAAAGCAGCGCGCACGGAGCGAGACGUCGCCAUGGACCGCAGCGGCCCCACAAGCAGCCCCGUGAUUGCCAGCGCCGAGCCCACCACCGCUGCCGCCCCCACUCGAGAGUCGAGCCCCGGGCGGAUAGGGUCAGGGUCGACGGGCACGGGAGGCGGUGCGCGCUCGGGGGGCGGGCGGCCCGCGGCAGCUAACGCAGCUCGGGAGCGCAGCCGGGUGCAGACUCUUAGGCACGCCUUCCUGGAGCUGCAGCGCACGCUGCCGUCAGUUCCUCCGGACACCAAGCUGUCCAAGCUGGACGUGCUGCUGCUGGCUACCACCUACAUCGCACACCUUACGCGCAGCCUGCAGGACGACGCCGAAGCGCCCGCGGACCCUGGGCUGGGCGCCCUGCGCGGCGACGGCUACCUGCACCCUGUCAAGAAAUGGCCCAUGCGAUCAAGAUUAUACAUUGGUGCUACUGGUCAGUUUCUGAAGCAUUCUGUCUCUGGAGAAAAAGCAAAUCAUGGCAAUAUCCCAGCAGACUCACAACCUUAG